CAGACAACACCGUGCUGAGAGUUGCGAUCCCCUUACCGGUCAAAAGAAAAAAGAAAAGAGUUCUGAGUGCUUAACAGUGAAAAGUGAACUUGAAGGCAUGACAAUUAAGGAACACACCUGGACUUGUGGCACAUGGAAAUGCAUGCACAGAAAGAGGAAAUCUAUAGUUCUUUAAAAGUAGGAAGGCAUUCUUCCUUGACAAAAUGGGUACAUUCUGCUCAGUUAUCAAGUUUGAAAAUCUUCAAGAAUUAAAAAGACUUUGUCACUGGGGUCCCACCAUAGCCCUUGGUGUUAUAGCAAUAUGUUCUACGAUGGCCAUGAUUGACUCUGUGUUGUGGUAUUGGCCCUUACAUACAACUGGAGGAAGCGUAAAUUUCAUCAUGUUAAUAAAUUGGACUGUCAUGAUUCUUUACAAUUACUUCAAUGCCAUGUUUGUUGGUCCUGGCUUUGUUCCUCUGGGGUGGAAACCGGAAAAUUCUCAGGAUAAUAUGUAUCUCCAGUAUUGUAAAGUCUGCCAAGCAUACAAGGCACCACGUUCACACCACUGCAGAAAGUGUAACAGAUGCGUAAUGAAGAUGGACCAUCACUGUCCUUGGAUCAACAACUGUUGUGGUUACCAAAAUCAUGCUUCGUUCACACUGUUUCUCCUUUUAGCACCACUGGGUUGUAUCCAUGCUGCUUUCAUAUUUGUUAUGACUAUGUACACACAGCUUUACAGUCGGCUCUCCUUCGGGUGGAACACAGUAAAGAUCGAUAUGAGCGCAGCCCAGAGAGAUCCUCUUCCAAUUGUUCCAUUCGGAUUAGCUGCAUUUGCUGCCACCUUAUUUGCCUUGGGAUUAGCUUUAGGAACAACCAUAGCUGUUGGGAUGUUGUUUUUUAUUCAGAUGAAAAUAAUUCUCAGAAACAAAACUUCUAUUGAAUCAUGGAUUGAAGAGAAGGCUAAAGAUCGAAUUCAAUAUUAUCAACUAGAUGAAGUAUUUGUUUUUCCCUAUGAUAUGGGAAGUAAAUGGAAGAACUUUAAACAGGUAUUUACAUGGUCAGGGGUUCCUGAAGGAGAUGGACUGGAGUGGCCGAUAAGAGAAGGCUGUCAUCAGUACAGCUUAACAAUAGAACAGUUGAAACAAAAAGCAGACAAGAGAGUCAGAAGUGUUCGAUAUAAAGUAAUAGAAGAUUAUAGCGGUGCCUGCUGCCCUUUGAAUAAAGGAAUCAAAACCUUUUUCACAAGCCCCUGCACUGAAGAGCCUAGAAUACAGCUACAGAAAGGGGAAUUUAUUUUAGCUACAAGAGGUUUACGAUACUGGUUGUAUGGAGACAAAAUUCUUGAUGAUUCCUUUAUAGAAGGUGUCUCAAGAAUGAGAGGAUGGUUCCCUAGAAACUGUGUGGAAAAGUGUCCCAGUGAUGCUGAAACAGAUCCAUCCCCAGAGGGCGAGAAGAAAAAUAGAUAGCCACUGUUAAAAUGAAAUUACUCUUUAAGUCUACUCCAUUACUUGAAAAUUAUACAUAUUACUAAAGAAUUAUGCAAUGAGCCUACUCUGGUUAAGGUGUUCUUUUCCUCAAAGGUGCCCUAGUACCAUGAUUUAAAGAUUUUUAUUACUGUUUUGAAAUGAAGAAGCCAUUCUGCAUAUGCCUUUGAAUUCCUGCCCCUCUUUACAACUUCUUCCCCCCAAAAGGAAAAACAUUUGAUCCAAGUAAGUUGAUUGCAUUUUCUCUAGGAUAUUUUUAUGCGCUGCACACUAUGGACCUCACCUACAGAAAUAGUUCCCCAUUUGCCAGGAGCAUCUGCAUGUGAUGCUUUUGUUUUCCCUUUAGUUGAUAUUUCUUAUAUAAUCUAGAUACUAUAGAACUUAAUUUGUCAGAUUCAAUAUAAGCUCAAAUUUUGUUACCUGUCUUUUAAUAAUGCACAUUUUGUCAAAUCAAAUAAAGAUCAAUGGAUGUUCUGUUAUAAA